AUGGACAAUCUAAUUAGGGAUAAACUAUCAAUUGAACCGCCUCAAGGUAGUUCUGUUGCACUGCAGUCCCCUGGGCUUGAACUGGAAUCUUCUGAAAGCUCACAGGAGGCUGAUCAUCCUAGUCCAGUUUCAGUUCUGGAAGUCCCUUUCACAGAAGAUGUAUCACCUGGUUCUGAAUGCUUUGAGAGAGUCAGUGCUGGCCUUCAAGGUAACUUUAAAAGAAGCUCUGUACUGCAUGAGUUCUUGUUAAGAAGUACUGCAACGCGUGGAACUACUUUAUGA